UCCAGGUAAGAGCGAUUCAGUCUGUCUCUUUCGCGGAGCUUGGCUUAAUCCGUUUCCAUCCGCGGCAGGGAGGGCUUGAGGGGCCUUGCGGACACGAUGGUCCAGCGUCUAACAUACCGACGUAGGUUGUCCUACAACACAGCCUCUAACAAGACCAGGCUAUCCCGGACACCAGGCAACAGGAUUGUUUAUUUGUACACCAAGAAAGUGGGCAAGGCACCGAAGUCUGCAUGCGGCGUGUGCCCAGGAAGACUUCGUGGUGUUCGUGCUGUUCGCCCUAAAGUUCUUAUGAGGCUGUCAAAAACAAAGAAGCAUGUUAGCAGAGCCUAUGGUGGGUCCAUGUGUGCUAAAUGCGUUCGUGACAGAAUCAAACGAGCAUUCCUUAUUGAGGAACAGAAGAUUGUUGUCAAGGUGCUAAAGGCCCAAGCACAGAGUCAGAAAUCAAAGUGAUAAUUUGUGUUGUCUGCCUAAUAAAUGAAGAUUUAACUUC